AAGUACAAAAUUACUUACAUAUGCGUACGCAAACCUGUAUACAUAAUCCUUGUGAACCUGCUUUGUGUACCUAGUAAUGUUGGGUUUUCCUUUAACAUUUAACAUAGUCGAGCACAACGUUUGUAGCACUUACCACUAAAAUGAUCGAUGUCUAACUGUACAGUUUUAAUACUAGCUUUACAGUAGAUUCUAAAUACAUUUUGUUUGGUGUGAAUAACAAUUAUUGCUAACAAUUUCCUGCCUCUUUUCUGCUUCUACGUUACCAUCUUGAAUGAACAAACGGGCCUAGCAGGUUUCACUAUGGGCUAUGAAUUGUUUAAUCUUAGUUAAUAGGAACUUAAAGAUUCUGUCUUGUUUUUAGUCGGAUAGGGUCGACUGUGACACAAGGGGACAACGUGAGGAGUCUGAACGAGAGGACAAAAGGAUUUACAAUUUGUACAUUUAACAGGAGAAGAUCUGUGUGAUUAUAAGCAUUUGUUGGAUUGUAGAGACAUUUGUGCAUUACCGUAAAUUAUGUUCGUCUCUGUGGGCACUACACUAACGAGGGUAUUGUUGCACCAAAGUACGACGACAUGCAUAUUAACAGCUCAGCCAGCAAACAUUAGGCUCAAUCACUGGUUUCCAUCUUUACUUGCAGUGAAGACCUCUACUCCUGUAAGAGCAGAGCCCACUAAGAAGAAGAAAAAAGUGGACCCAAAACGAGAUGUAGAAGCCAGAGAACGUCUCAAGAAAAAGCUCAAAAGAAUGGAAAAAGUCCCUCCGGAACUUAUACCUAUUGAAGAUUUUAUUGUACCAUCCAAGUACCUUGACGAGAUCAGAGUGCGAUCCCCACCGCAACUGUUGUCAGAGGAGAGCGAGCGCAGGGCGCUGCUGCUGAAGGACUGGGCCCGGUACAAGCAGGCUCAGCACAAGGAAGAGAUGCAAGCUAUUGCUCAGGCUCUGGAUGCACAGCAGGAAGCACUGAAGGAGCUGCGGCUGGAGUCCGAGGAGCUGUAUGAGGCUGCCAUCCAACGAGACCCAGAGCUUGUCCCUUUUCUAAACCAGGGACCCAGCCACACACCACCAAUAACAAACUACCAAGCACCAGAAGGCAAAUAUAAUGAUAUUACCAAGGUUUAUGUGCAAUAAGUAAUAAAAAAUGCAGGGCAGAACUGAA